AUGGCUUCUCUAGGGACUACUCUGCCGCUAUGGCGGAGACUUGCCCCACAUCUGGCGAAAGAUGUGUUUACCUGUCGACAAUGCCUCCGCAACCAGGGUGUUGCGGCCAAGUCGAUCCGUCGUUUCGGCGCCAUGCCUUCUCGCCAGCCCACCAAGACCCAAUCAACCCUGUUGAACAACAAGAACCGCCAAUUCUUCACCUCUAGCAUUCAGAGAUCUGCCGCGGCGCAGGCCGCAGCACAGGUUAUCCAAGGGGGAGCCGAAGGCGCCAAACGCAGCUUCCCCAAGAUCAGCGAUAAGGCCGUCGCCUACUGGCUUCUCGGCAGCGCGGCCAGUGUUUUCGGAAUCGUGGUUUUCGGUGGGUUGACACGGUUAACCGAAUCAGGAUUGAGUAUCACCGAAUGGCGACCUGUGACCGGCUCCCUCCCUCCUAUGAACGCGGAACAUUGGGAAUCUGAGUUCGCAAAAUACCGUGCAUCCCCUGAAUUCCAACUGUUGAACCCGAACAUGACCCUCUCCGAAUUCAAAUCGAUCUACUAUAUGGAAUGGAUUCACCGACUCUGGGGACGAUUCGUUGGAAUGUCCUUUGUCAUCCCGGCUGUAUACUUCGUCGCACGCAAGAAGGUCUCCACGCCCAUGGCGUGGCGUCUGUUUGGUAUUGCUGGUCUCAUUGGCUUCCAGGGCUUCUUGGGUUGGUGGAUGGUCAAGUCUGGUUUGAAGGAUGAUCUAUUUGCUCCGGGCAGUCACCCCCGAGUGAGUCAGUACCGUCUGACUGCUCACUUGGGCGCUGCUUUCACUUGCUACGUUGCUAUGCUGUGGAACGGUCUUGCUAUCCUGCGCUCUCACCGCUUGAUGGCUGAUGCCACCGCUGGUAUUGACGAGCUGGCUGCUCUGCGUUCUGGGAAACUGGCCUUUUUCCGCCGCUCCGUUGCCGGUAUUGCUCUCUUGGUCUUCACUACUGUUAUCUCUGGUGGUCUCGUCGCUGGCCUGGAUGCCGGGCUUAUCUACAACGAGUUCCCAUAUAUGGGCAAUGGAUUUGCUCCGCCAAAGGAGGAGCUGUUCGACGCUCGCUACUCCCGGCACGAGGACCGCUCCGAUCUCUGGUGGCGCAACAUGCUUGAGAACCCCUCUCUUGUUCAGCUUGACCACCGCAUGCUCGCCAUGACCACCUUUACCUCCAUUGUGGCCUUGUUGGCUUACACCCGUAUCGCUCCCUCCAUGAAGCGUCACCUGCCUGCUGCCGCCAGAAAGGGUGUCCACGGUGUGUUCGCCUUUGCCUGUUGCCAGGUUGGCCUUGGUAUCUCCACUCUCCUCUACCUCGUCCCCACUCCUCUUGCGUCCGCCCACCAGGCUGGCAGUUUGUUCCUCCUCACCUGGGUUAUUGUGCUGGGUAGCCGUGUCUGGCACCCGUCUCGCACCGCCAAGUUGGUGAAGAUGGCAGCCGAGAUGGCCAAGAAGAAGACAACCAAUGCUCCUUCUUUCACUGCGAGAAAGGUUUAA